GAGAGGCGGCCCGCGGGGCAGCUUCCUCCCGCUCUCCCUUCCCCGUCCGGCCGGCGCAUGGAGCGGACCAUGUCCCGCAGCCGCAGCCGGCAACGCUCCGCCCCGGGCACGUCCUCGCCGCCAGGUCCCGCCGGAGGCUCCGGCCGCAUGGCCCGGGGUUAGAGCCGCGCCCGGCGGCGGGAGCGGGGCCAUGGGGACGGCGUCGUCCCUGGUGAGCCCGGCGGGCGUGGUCGGGGAGGUGAUCGAGGACACGUACGGCGGCGGCGGCGGCGAGGCCUGCGAGAUCCCGGUGGAGGUGAAGCCCAAGGCGCGGCUGCUGCGCGGGUCCCUGCGGCGCGUCGGCGGCUCCCGGCCCGGCGGGCUCAUCGGCGCCAGCUUCAAGUCCACGGCCUCGGUGCAGGAGCUGGAGUGCGUGGCCGAGUACGAGCGCCUGAGGAAGGAGUACGAGAUCUUCCGCGUCAGCAAGAACAACGAGGUGGCCUCCAUGGUGAAGAAGGAGGCCAAGCUGGACAGGGAGAAUAAGCGGCUGCGCGCCGAGCUACAGGCACUUCAGAAAACUUACCAGAAAAUACUUAGGGAGAAAGAAAGUGCCUUAGAAGCUAAAUACCAAGCAAUGGAGAGAGCUGCUACCUUUGAACAUGAUCGAGACAAGGUCAAAAGGCAAUUCAAGAUUUUUAGAGAAACUAAAGAAAAUGAAAUUCAGGACUUACUGAGGGCCAAACGAGAGCUAGAAGCAAAACUCCAGAGACUCCAGGCCCAAGGAAUCCAAGUGUUUGAUCCUGAAGAGUCUGAUUCUGAUGAUAAUUGUACGGAUGUUACAGCUACUGGGGCACAAUCUGAAUACUGGAACGGAGGAGCGUUGGGAAGUGAGCCAUCCAUGGGUAGUAUGAUGCAACUUCAGCAGUCUUUCAGAGGGCCUGAAUUUGCUCAUAGCUCCAUAGAUGUCGAGGGACCAUUUGCAAAUAUAAACAGAGAUGAUUGGGAUGCUGCUGUUGCCAGUUUAUUACAGGUCACUCCUCUGUUUUCCCAUUCUCUGUGGAGUAACACAGUAAGAUGUUAUAUUAUUAGUACUGAUGAGACUCAACCAGAAAUGAACAUCCUAAUUAGAAACUACUCUCCAAAACUUCAAAGAGUCUGUGAAACAAUGGGGUACUUCUUUCAAGUUGUUAAUUUUUCAUCAGAAAAUGAAAGGCCUCUUCAGGAUGUAAGAAAAUGGGAAAUUGAAAAAAGUUCAUUAGUCAUUUUGCUCCUGCAUUUAACUUUGCCAAGUUGUUUGCUGGAGGACUGUGAAGAAGCCUUCUUGAGAAAUCCAGAAGAAAAACCCCGGUUAAUUUACCACAGAAAGGAGGAUGACAGAGUCAGUUCAGUCUCGGUGCAACAGUUAAUUGAGCAAAUUUCUUACGUGAACAAAGCAAAGAUUAUUGACCAUGUUGGAGGUGUGGAGGAAGGAGCAUAUGAAAUCUAUAGUUGUGUGGAAAAAAUAAUUAAACAGGAUAUAUUGGGGUGUGAAAUGACAGAACUAGAAGGCAAGGAUUUAGAUAACAAGGAAGACUCCACUGCUCCUGAAGAAGAAGUUUUUGGUGAUGUGUUGUGGGAUGCACACGAUGAACAAGAGCAGAUGGAAGCUUUUCAGCAGGCCUCUAAUUCAACAUGUGAACUGGGAUUUGAAAAAUAUUUUGAACGUCUAAAUGACCUAGUAGCAGCACCAGCACCAAUUCCACCGCUGCUUGUAUCAGGAGGACCAGGCUCUGGGAAAUCUCUCCUUCUGUCAAAAUGGAUUCAAUUACAACAGAAGCAUUCACCAAACACGUUAAUUCUUUAUCACUUUGUUGGGAGGCCCAUGUCUACUAGUUCAGAAUCUGCAUUGAUAAUUAAACGCCUUACUUUGAAGCUUAUGCAACACUCUUGGUUAGUGUCACCUCUGACUUUUGAUCCAGCUAAACUUCUGGAAGAAUUUCCCCGUUGGCUGGAAAAACUUUCUGCACGCCAUCAUGGCAGCAUUAUUAUAAUUAUUGAUUCUAUUGACCAAAUACAGCAAGCUGAGAAGCAUAUGAAGUGGUUGAUAGAUCCACUGCCAGUGAACGUGAGAGUGAUUGUGUCAGUGAAUGUAGAAACGUGUCCACAGGCUUGGAGGUUAUGGCCCACUCUUCAUCUUGAUCCACUGAAUUUCAAAGAUGUUAAAUCUCUCAUUAAUGCAGAAUGUAGCUCUGCAAAUGUUAAAUUGACUAAAGAGCAGGAGAAGAAGCUUGAGAGACAUUGUCGUUCUGCCACAACUUGCAAUGCUUUGUACGUCACUCUCUUGGGCAAAACCAUUGCUUGUGUUGGAAAUACAGGAAAUAUUGACGAAAUCCUUCAACAGUGUUGCCAAUGUCAAGACACAGUGUCACUGUACAGGCUUGUUCUGAGAUCAAUUCAAGAAUCAUUGCAAAGUGAAAAAGAGAAAGGUCUUUUGAGAGAGAUACUGUGUGUCAUUGGUGUCAGCCACAACGGCAUGAGUGAGUCAGAGCUGAUGGAGCUUUAUCCUGAGCUGACUUCUGCAGUCUUAGCCUCACUCCUUCACAGCCUGCACAAAAUGUGUUUGCUGACAUAUGGCUGUGGUUUGCUGAAGUUCCAACACCUCCAGGCUUGGGAGAUGGUGAAACUAGAGUAUAUGGAAGAAGGUGAAAAUGUUAUUUCUGCCUAUAGACAAAAACUAGUGGAGUAUUUCACCAUGCAGUUAAGUCGAGACCGGGUGACUUGGAGAAGCGCAGAUGAACUUCCCUGGCUCUUCCAACAGCAGAGUGAUAAGCAAAAGCUACACAAGUGUCUUUUGAAUCUCUUUGUAUCCCAAAACCUUUACAAAAGGGGACAUUUUGCAGAAUUGCUGAGUUACUGGCAGCUGGUUGGGAAAGAUAAGAGCUCUAUGGCAGCUGAGUAUUUUGACUCUCUGAAAGAAUAUGAAAAAAACUGUGAGGGAGAGGAAAGUAUGAUCUGCCUGGCUGAUCUUUAUGAGACCCUGGGACGGUUUCUUAAGGACCUAGGUCUUCUCAGUCAGGCUGUAGCUCCUCUGCAGCGGUCUCUGGAGAUUCGAGAGACUGCGCUGGAUCCAGACCACCCAAGGGUGGCACAGUCACUUCACCAGCUAGCAGGAGUGUAUGUUCAGUGGAAGAAGUUUGGAAAUGCUGAGCAGUUGUAUAAACAGGCACUGGAAAUCUCUGAAAAUGCAUAUGGAGCUGAACACCCUCGGGUAGCCCGUGAACUUGAUGCACUUGCGACCUUGUACCAAAAGCAGAACAAAUAUGAACAAGCUGAGCAACUGAGGAAAAAGUCCUUCAAAAUACGCCAAAAAGCAGCAAGGCAGAAAGGCAGUUUGUGUGGCUUUGCUCUCCUGCGUCAAAGAGCCCUGCAAUUGGAAGAGCUCACAUUGGGCAAGGAUACACCAGAUAAUGCUCGAACCCUUAAUGAGCUUGGAGUCCUCUACUACCUGCAGAAUAAUCUUGAGACAGCGGAGCUUUUCCUGAAGCGCUCCUUGGAAAUGAGAGAGAGAGUCCUGGGAUCCGACCAUCCAGACUGUGCACAGUCUUUGAACAAUCUGGCAGCCUUGUACAAUGAGAAGAAGCACUAUGACAAGGCUGAGGAACUCUAUGAGAAAGCUUUGGACAUCAGGAGGAGAGCAUUGGCUCCAGAUCAUCCCUCCUUGGCUUACACUGUGAAACACCUGGCGGUGCUGUACAAAAAGAUGGGAAAACUUGACAAGGCUGUUCCUCUGUAUGAGCUAGCAGUUGAAAUUCGACAGAAGUCAUUUGGCCCAAAACACCCUAGUGUAGCAACUGCACUGGUAAAUCUGGCUGUCCUUUAUUGUCAGAUGAAAAAGCAGAUUGAAGCUUUGCCUCUUUAUGAACGUGCAUUAAAGAUUUAUGAAGACAGCUUUGGCCACAUGCAUCCUCGCGUAGGGGAAACACUGAAAAACUUGGCAGUGCUAAGCUACGAAAGGGGAGACUUUGAGAAGGCAGCUGAACUUUACAAGAGAGCUAUGGAAAUAAAAGAAGCAGAGACUUUGUUGAUAGGUGGUAAAGCAACUUCUCGACACUCAUCGAGUGGAGACACAUUCAGCUUAAAAAGUGCAUUAUCACCAAAUAUUUUCCUGGAACACGGACAAAGGUGAUAUGAACCUGCUCCAAGAAAAUGCAGUGUCUAUUGGUAUUUUAAAGCAGACAGAAAAUUUGCAAGACAAAUCCAUUUUUCCAAGGAUUACAUACUAUUUUGGUACUGACACCUGUCUUCACGAAUGACAGGAAAACAAAUGUUUCAGCUUGAAAUCCUCCAACUUUGCAGGCUGUAUGGUACGAAGUGAGCUGCUUUCAUUGUAUAUAGGUGCACAUAUUAGUUGCUAGCUCAAGUUAUAGGUAAUACCAAGAACAUGGACUUGAUACCUCUUAGCCUAAGUGCCAGGAUUAUAACAAGUUAAGCUGAACCCCUUGUAUAAACUCUAUGGGGUAGUUCUUAUUUCUGUGCUGUAAUAGCAUGGCUUAGAGGAUUUGUGUAUUUUUGCUUCAUCAAUCCUUUCUCCCUUUUCAGAAACCUUUAAAGUUGUUUCUGAAGAGAUGGUAAUUUUGAAAAAUUUUUGAAAAUACAGUUCCACCAAAAGUUUUGCCUGCAGGGUUAUUUCAGCUUUAAGCAAACUUGCAUUCAAGGGACUUGUGCAAAAUUAAUUGCUUUCCUUGGGAAGCUAACGUAUCUAAAUAUAUCAUCAUCUACAGUUAAAGCCGUUGUCAGAUUCCACUCUGUUCAGUAAAAAUAUUUCCAGUGAGGAAUUGGAAUGAUUAUGACCCAAUUCCCUGUUGUUAAACCUUUAGUGAUACUCUCACUAUUUAAUCUCACUGAAUCCCUUAAAAUACAACAGUGUAUUUGCUGGGAAAACCUAGUGAUUCAAAAUAGUUUGCCAUCAGAUAAAGAGAUGAUAAACCAAUCUACCUGCCUCUUGUAUUUCUUAACACCAUAGUCAUGUGGAAGAAAUCAGUUUGAAGUCUGUUCUCAUACAGUGCACAAAUCCAUGAAUCAAUUUAAAUACAUACUUUUUAUUAAAAAAUGAAUAUAAGUGGAAAAUUAAUUGAAACCUCACUAUAAUGUUUCAGAGGCAACUAAUGUAAAGACUUAUUUGAUCCAGUUUGAAAAAUGCAAAUGGUCUUCAGCUCCAAGGGGUACUUACCUUGCACCCUGUGUUUUCCCUCUUUUGGAGCAGAAUUAAAUAUAACCCAUUUCAGCCCUUAUUCUAGUUAGGAGGAUUUUAAUAUUUGAAUAAGGCUCUAACUUGGCAAAAGAAACAGUAUCUGAAACUGACAGCACAAAUAUACAGCUCAAAUUUGAUUUUUAACAUGAAGAUUUAGUUUGAAAAAAAAAAUCAAAAAUAGCUCUUGAAGAUAUUAUGAUACAGCAACAAGAGUUGGCACUUCCUAAUAGCUCUCUGGAUAUUUUCCUCUUAUUCAGAAAGUGGGUUUUUAAUCAAAGCAGGAAUUUGACCACUGUAUUCCAGCCACCUUGAAGAGUUUUGAAAAUGGGAAAGUUUCUUUGCAGGAUUGUUACCAAUUAACGAGAGGGGCAAAAGGGAAAACAAACACCAACCAAAAACCCUCAACCUACUUAGUUCCUUGCCUGCUGUUCCUAGAUCUGGUAAAUCCCUUCUCUAAAGAAUUACCAGAUAUCUCGUCUGUCACCUCUGUUCUGAUUUUAACAUGUAAAAUGAUGUAUCUUGCUCUCCUGAAUAGUUUUCCUUAAUGUUUCUGAUUUAAAUAAGAAGCAACUUUCUAGAUCUUCAGUGUUACAUUAGACUUGACUACAGAAAGUAAAGCAGGAUCACGUAGGACUAAGAAUCCUAUGGCCACGUGUCAGCUGUAGCCACUGUGUGCUCACAAGACAGCUGUCCCUGUAGUUGCACCUCAUGGACAGUAAGGAAAAGUAAUUUAUAUAUAUGAUGUAUGCCAGGUAAUAAUUCUGUGUAGGAUAAUUCCUCCUCAAAACUGAGGGUCACCAGCUUCAAGGGAGAUUUAAUUACACAGGCAGAAUAUCAAGAUUUUAUUCAUCAACAUUCAUGCGACACUGUAAAAACUGAAAACUUCUUUUAUAAGACUGCCAAAUAAAGCUGGACUUAACCAUGGCAAUGUGCUUUAAUUUGUUAGCUCGUAACAAAAGAAGUAAUAAAUUUUCUAUUAUAUUUUACAGUUGGAGUAGA